UAGCCAAAAGGAAAAACAACAUGAAAGUAAGAAAGUCUACCAGGACACCCUGGAGGGCUGGCGUGCAGAGUGCUGAGGGGCUGACUCCCCUGCGUCCGUGUGUGGGAGGCCCUCUUACCCUCUCAUCCUUGGUGUGCAACUGGUUAAUAGUAAUUCCUUGAGGAUCUGGAGAAGUUGCUCAAGUGUUAGAUUCCACUUGACUGCGUGCUGCGGGGGCAUCGUGUCCCACAGCGGCACUCACAGUGUGAAGACUGCCAGAGUUCUCUAUGGACACACCCUGCGAACAUCAUGGAUCUGGGUUGUCAUAAGACUUAAGUGUCCUUCAGGGCAGGGACAAUAGCUCAGUUUUCUUUGUAUCUCCAGAGUGCCCCACUGUGCCUGGCACAAAAUAGUCAUAUAAUCUAUGUUUGUCGAGUGAAUGAAUGAACAAAGCUAGUCUGUCCUUGUGAAAAGUAGCAAGAAAAGCCUCAGCCUAUCUUGGGAAGACAGCCUGCUUCCCUGAGGUCAAGUUGAGGUUCAGUCUCACUGAGGAGAAGGAGGUGAGACCAGAAGCCACUGCACAGCUGCUGCCCCAAUGAUGGAUUUGGACGUGCCUCUAUGAAGAAAUGCCACAUGGUCCGAGAGCAAACAUGUCCAGGCUACUGCCACUUUAGCGGACUAGGGCUCGGUGCCAAGGCUUCCCGGGUAAUCAGGCGUGGUCUGAUCCAGGAUCAAGAAGCACGUUAUCACCAAUGACAUCAUGACAGCAAGAGAGCACAGCCCUCGCCAUGGCGCCAGGGCCCGUGCAGUGCAGCGGGCUUCCACCAUCGACGUGGCGGCCGACAUGCUGGGCCUCUCUCUGGCAGGAAAUAUACAGGACCCAGAUGAGCCCAUUUUAGAAUUUAGCUUAGCUUGCAGUGAGCUGCACACUCCAUCGCUAGAUCGAAAGCCAAAUAGUUUUGUUGCAGUGAGUGUCACCACCCCUCCUCAGGCAUUCUGGACGAAGCAUGCACAGACGGAGAUCAUUGAGGGAACCAACAAUCCUAUAUUUCUAAGCAGUAUUGCCUUCUUUCAAGACUCUCUUAUCAAUCAGAUGACACAAGUCAAACUCUCCGUGUAUGAUGUCAAAGAUAGAUCUCAGGGAACAAUGUAUUUACUGGGCUCUGGAACGUUCAUUGUCAAAGAUCUGCUGCAGGACAGGCAUCAUAGGUUGCAUUUAACACUAAGGUCUGCAGAGAGUGACCGUGUGGGUAACAUCACCGUGAUUGGCUGGCAGAUGGAGGAGAAGUCAGACCAACGGCCCCCUGUGACCCGGUCUGUGGACACUGUCAAUGGGAGGAUGGUUCUUCCCGUCGAUGAAAGCUUGACGGAGGCAUUAGGAAUCCGAUCCAAAUAUGCUUCAUUGCGAAAGGACACUUUGCUGAAAUCGGUGUUCGGAGGCGCCAUCUGCCGCAUGUACCGGUUUCCAACCACUGAUGGUAACCACUUGCGGAUCCUGGAGCAGAUGGCAGAGAGUGUGCUCUCCCUGCACGUGCCCCGGCAAUUCGUGAAGCUCCUACUAGAGGAAGAUGCAGCCAGAGUGUGUGAGCUGGAGGAGCUGGGAGAGCUGUCCCCUUGCUGGGAGAGCCUCCGGCGUCAAAUUGUCACCCAGUACCAGACCAUCAUCCUCACGUACCAGGAGAACCUGACCGACCUCCAUCAGUACAAAGGGCCCUCGUUUAAAGCAAGCAGUUUGAAAGCAGAUAAAAAGUUAGAAUUUGUUCCCACAAACUUGCACAUACAAAGGAUGAGAGUUCAAGACGAUGGAGGAUCAGAUCAGAACUACGAUAUCGUCACCAUCGGGGCGCCAGCAGCACACUGCCAAGGUUUUAAGUCAGGAGGUCUCCGCAAAAAGCUGCACAAAUUUGAAGAGACCAAGAAACAUACAUCAUCUGGCUGCCAGUCCAUAAUCUACAUCCCACAGGACGUCGUCCGAGCCAAGGAGAUCAUCGCCCAGAUCAACACCUUGAAAACCCAAGUUAGCUACUAUGCAGAGCGGCUGUCAAGGGCAGCCAAGGACAGGUCUGCCACUGGCCUUGAGAGGACACUCGCCAUCUUGGCAGACAAGGUCCAUUUCCCACAAAAACCAGGGACGUUUCGUGAUUUGUCCACAGAGCUGGACGGACAAAGGGCAGAGCCCAGGGCUUAUGACUCUAAGGUGCAGCCUCAGACACGGCAGCUGGUCACGGUCUGCGACUGCAAGCUCCUGGCCAACUCCAUCCAUGGGCUGAACGCCGCGCGGCCUGACUACAUUGCCUCCAAGGCCUCUCCCACUUCGACUGAGGAGGAGCAGGUGAUGCUUAGAAAUGACCAGGACACCCUCAUGGCCCGGUGGACAGGGAGAAACAGCCGAUCUUCCCUGCAGGUGGACUGGCACGAGGAGGAGUGGGAGAAAGUGUGGCUGAACGUGGACAAGAGCCUAGAAUGCAUCAUUCAGCGUGUGGACAAGCUGCUGCAGAGGGAGCGCCUGCAUGGCGAGGGCUGUGAGGACGUCUUCCCCUGUGCAGGCAGCUGCACCAGCAAGAAAGGUAACCCGGACAGCCACGCCUACUGGAUCAGACCAGAAGACCCCUUCUGUGAUGUCCCCUCCUCACCAUGCCCCUCCACCAUGCCCUCCGCUGCAUGCCAUCCUCAUCUGACCACACAUUGCAGUCCCCCUCCUGAAGAGUCCAGUCCAGGUGAAUGGAGUGAGGCCCUUUACCCGCUGCUGACCACUCUCACCGACUGCGUGGCCAUGAUGAGUGACAAGGCCAAGAAGGCCAUGGUAUUCCUGCUCAUGCAGGACAGCGCGCCCACCAUAGCCACCUACCUGAGCCUCCAGUAUCGCCGUGACGUGGUCUUCUGCCAGACGCUGACCGCCCUCAUCUGCGGCUUCAUCAUCAAGCUGAGGAACUGCCUGCAUGACGACGGCUUCCUGCGCCAGCUCUACACCAUCGGGCUGCUGGCCCAGUUCGAGAGCCUGCUGAGCACCUACGGGGAGGAGCUGGCCAUGCUGGAGGACAUGAGCCUUGGGAUCAUGGACUUGAGGAACGUGACCUUCAAAGUCACUCAGGCCACUUCCAGCGCCUCCGCAGACAUGCUGCCCGUCAUCACAGGAAAUCGCGACGGGUUUAACGUGCGGGUCCCUCUGCCGGGUCCACUGUUUGAUGCCCUGCCCCGGGAGAUCCAGAGCGGCAUGCUGCUGCGAGUGCAACCCGUCCUCUUCAACGUGGGCAUCAAUGAGCAGCAGACGCUGGCCGAGAGGUUUGGCGAUACGUCUUUACAAGAAGUCAUCAACGUGGAGAGUUUGGUGCGGUUAAAUUCCUACUUUGAGCAGUUUAAGGAAGUUUUGCCUGAGGAUUGCCUGCCUCGGUCUCGCAGUCAGACGUGCCUGCCAGAGCUGCUGCGGUUCCUGGGUCAGAACGUGCACGCCCGGAAGAAUAAGAACGUGGACAUUCUCUGGCAAGCCGCUGAGAUCUGCCGUCGCCUCAAUGGGGUCCGGUUCACCAGCUGCAAGAGCGCGAAGGACCGUACAGCCAUGUCGGUGACGCUGGAGCAGUGCCUGAUCCUGCAGCACGAGCAUGGCAUGGCCCCGCAGGUCUUCACCCAGGCCCUGGAGUGCAUGCGCAGGAUGACACAAAGCUGUGAAUACAGUAGUACGCUGUCGCAAGAGCCAGACACAGUCAGACACAGAAAGAUCACCUACUGCAUACGCCAGACACAGAAAGAGCACCUACUGCAUACGCCAGACACAGAAAGAUCACCUACUGCAUACGGCAGACAGAUCACCCACUGCAUAUGCCAGACACAGAAAGAGCACCUACUGCAUACGCCAGACACAGAAAGAUCACCCACUGCAUACGCCAGGCACAGAAAGAGCACCUACUGCAUACGCCAGACACAGAAAGAUCACCCACUGCAUACGCCAGACAGAAAGAUCACCUACUGCAUACCCCAGACACAGAAAGAUCACCCACUGCAUACGCCAGACACAGAAAGAUCACCUACUGCAUACGCCAGACAGAAAGAUCACCCACGGCAUACGUCAGACACAGAAAGAGCACCUACUGCAUGUGACAUUAGAUUUACUCUUCACUAUGUAAGGAUCAUUCAGCUGGUUCGAGGAAUUAAUGCAUAUAGUCACCAAAGGCUGUUAAAGUUACAUACUUUUAUUUAUUUUAAAACAGUAUUUUUCAUUUAAAAAUGGUAUCUUUGAUUGCAGAUUAAAGUUCCAACAUCUUUUCUCUCUUACUAAUCAAAUAUGAUUGAUAAUCAAAUCAAAUCAAAGAAAAAUUGCCAAAAAAAAAUGGUCCCUGACUUGUGGGCAGUUGCAGUGGAUGGAGCUGUGAGAGCAGCAGGUGCUCUGGUUUCUGCUGGUGCCCCCUCAGUCCUCACGUGGCAUUCCCCGCAACGCGAUGAAGUGUAACCUUAACACCCAUGUGGGGCAGAGGGUAACUGUACACCUGUAAAGGUAAUCAAAUAGAUGAGGAAAAACUCCCCACACCCUGUGCAGGACAGGCAGCGGCUUCUCUGUUUUCCAGUUCAUAUUAUGUUGUGCCCCCACUUUCUAUCUCCAGCUGGUUCCCCAUACACUGUAGUUUAUGAAGACAAUUUUUUUUAACCAGGCCAGAAAAAUGGGAAUGAAUUUAGAGAAGCUUGCUUUUCCAGAAACUUGACACCCAUGCAUGCCCAGAAAUCCAGUCGACCACAAAAGUCCUCUCUCCAGGACUCCCAGACCUUACCCUGAGCUUUCUCUCAUUUGGUAUCAGCUCAGAGUCUGGGUCCUAGGAAUCAUAGAAGCGGUUAGCAAUGAAUGGCAAAUGCUAGACUGGACACUUUACAUUCUGAAGUGUGAGACCAUCCUGAGCACUGCAGGCUCCCCGGGGCAGACGUCACCUGUGUGUCACCCCUGUAAGUGAAUCCACGCUUCUCCAAGUGCAAUGUGUUCACUUGUCUCUUCUAAAAUAAAUGAGGUGGCUGUUGUGGCAUAUCUCCUGGCAGCCUUCAGUAGGGGGUCUCUCACCAAACGCCAGUUCCUGGGUGGUGUAAGCUGUGGUAGCAUGACAGUAGUCCCUGGGCAGCGUCCUGUCCAGCCUGUGAUUACUUGAAAGGCAUGUUUGCCACUUUCCCUUUUUCACAUUGAGGCGUGCACUUCACCUGAGACCGUCUUGUUUGCUUUAUUGGAAAGCAAGAAAGCAGAGUCCACAGCCUCCUGCAGUUCCCAUUUCACAGCUUCCUGGUCCUGCUCCUGGUAAUGUGGUUCCAGUGCCUGCAGUGGUGACUCACGCGCACUCCCACCUCCACCGCAGGGCUAGUGACUGGGCAGAGCCCAUGCACAGAGGGAGGCCCUCUGACUGCAGACAGCACCCCUCCCUCUCCCAGGGCUCAAGGAUGCUUCUGUGGCACCCUCUAGGGGCCCCUCCCAGGCCCCUGCCCCACAGCACAGAGAAGCUGUGCCCAGGCCGAGGAGCCCCUCCCAGGGGGCCUCAAGGACACCACGGCCUGACCCUUGAUUGUCACCACACCUUUUCGCCCAUGUGGGCUUGGCCUUUGGGCUGAGAGAAACGAGACCAAAGGGAGCGAGAUAAGGUUCUUCGUUUCUCUCCACCAGGGGCUGGGUGAAAAGCAGUAUGCCGCCUGUGCGCUCGGAGAGCUGCCAGAAGGACACCGUGAGAUUAGCCUAGGCAGUAGGCUGGCUUUGGCUUUUUAAAACUUAAAGUAUUUGAGAAAAGAAACUCCGCUGCUCUCCCUUUAAGCUGAAAUUUAAUGUCACUAAGGCCUUUUAACUCAUGAAAUCAAGCCAAAUACAUAUUCAAAAUCUUACUUGCUUUAGUGAGAAAUAGGAUGAAACAAAGAUGGGGAGAUGAUUCAAAAAAGGAGUCACUGACAUUUAGUGAUGGUUUUUAGUUGCUCAUACAGUGGUAGUGCUGAGGCAUUGUCAGUGUCAACCAGCUCCUGGUGUUCCGGGAAACCAUGAUCAGGAGUGGCUCUCUGGUUGGUCUUAUAAAAUUGUCGUGUAAGUUUUUUCAACUAGGGUGACCGUCACAGUCACCAUUUAUGCCUAUGGCUUGGUUCCGGCAGAGAUUUUAACACGAUGGCCUGUUCUCCCUCCACAAAGUGGCAGGUAUAGCGGCCACCCCAUGCUUGGCCAUAGAAUCACUAAGAUCCUGAUGCCUGCAGAUGAGUUCUCAAGUAGAAGACCCCACUGGAACCGGAAAACUAGAGGAUUCCCUAAAAUUACCUGUCAUUUGGGGUGUCCAUUUUAAUUUUCAUUUCAAAAAUGGAUGCCCUUGGAAAGAAAUAAUUUGUUGAUAUAAUAAAAUAAUCAUGGAGCUUUGAAAUAAUUAUUAAUUAAGUCCCUCUUGCUAAAAUCUAUCUAAGACCACCUCAACACGUACCAUUGAUUCCUAAAAAGUAUGCAGCCAAUGUGAUCAGUGGAGGUGUCCCGCCUUAGGACAGCAGCUUGGCCUCUGCAGCAGGAAGCCCCAGUUAGCACAGGCUGCCCUCGCCACCUCUGCACGCCUCGCCCCGGGCCCUCUUGCCAGCUCAUCCACACAGGCAGGUGGUGGGAUGACAGUGUCGGCUUGUGGAUCAGCCACAUCAGCCGGAUUUUGCAAAUUCAGACAUCAGGGGGAAAGUAAAUACAAUUUGAUUUGAAAACUACAUUGAAAUGAAAGUAUAAUCUUUAUUAUAAUUUCACGUCUGAUGUGUUCAGCCAGCCAAACUAGGCGUUAGCUCCUUUAGCAUGUAAAUCAAAGAUAACGUCAAAGUUCACAAAUCAUUCUGCCUCACGCCUCACGGCAGUUUAGUGUUUACUAGUGAUAGGUGGUUUUUAAGCAUUUUGUACGUUUCUAUAUAAAUGGAGAAGCCAUAUCUGAAGUAGUUCAUUAAUGUAAGAGUUUCCAAAGAUUAAAGGAGAUGAACUGUAUAUAAGAACCUGUAGCUUCUGCUUUAAGUGGAAAUACGUUUUUGAUUACUGAAUGAAUGUUAGGCAAACAUGAUUGUUCCUUACGCCAGGGGACCUGCUCCUGUGGCCUAGGUGUUCAGCUCAGGUGACACACAUCUAGCUGAGGCCUUGAGGCUCUGUGACAAGAAAGCAUAUCCAAGUUACCAAAUUAGUUAUAACAACCAGGUGGAUACUUUUCUAAACUAUCGGAGCUUAGCUUUUGAAUAAAAAUUACUGUUUUACCAAAAGUAUUUUACAUGUUCUUGAUAAUGAGACUGUCAUUUUCACUUUAAAAGGCUUGAGCAAUUGCCACUAAUGUUUUUUUAAAAUGCAUGACAUAAUGGUCUUCACACAAUUUGAAUUUUUUAAAAAAAUCAUUGUUUCUUGGUAACUGCAAAUUUUACAUCUCAUAAGGGGAAUUUUGUACUAAAUUUGAUAACUAGUUGAUUUCACUGCUAGUCUUAGAACAGUAUAAAACUAUCAAGUUAUCCUGUGAUGUGGGAAGUCAUUUAUGUUUAAAAUCGCUUUUGCCAGUUAGUUUCAUGUCUACACCUGAACAUUUCCCAGAGAACUCCCCGGAUGCGCUCACUGAGCAGGUGAGGCCACCUCACGCAGUGUUUGUUUUUGCCCCCUGGAUUGCCAUGGCAACCCUCCAUCAAAUGCAGCUGGGGAUGACGCUGGUAGUGAAUUCUCUAGGGAAGGGUACCUGUGGGCUCUCACUGGCUCAGUGGCACCUGUGCAAGAGGAAACACAUGGGGGCAGCCCACCUGUGGAAGGGUGACUGGCUGCUACCAGAACUCGGUGAGAUCCCUCCCUCAUAACAUUCCAGCCCUGAUUGCCAGGCUGCUCUGCAGACAGUGCAUGAACCCACUGGAUUACCUGGCACCCAGAACAACUGUCCUCCGGGAGACAGCAGACCAGAACAGCCUCCCUAGCCAGCUGGCUUUGCGACCUGUUGAAUUCUGCAAGGAAAGUCCGCAUUUUGAAUUCGAUGUGACUGCAGCUCUUGCUAAUAUAGAAAAGUGCAGCUCUUUAAAGCUCUGAAGUGCAACUUUAGUGAGAGUAGUAAUAUUUCUCUUUACAUUUCAUUUGCUAUGUAAGAGAAUCUUUGAACCACAAGUUAUGGUAGAACCCCAUAUGACUCAGACAUGAGCUACAUGAAGCCAUUCACUUGGAAAACGUUUGCUUCCACUUAGCUAUGGUGCUGCUUAUAGGAACGCACAACUCACAGCCCCAUGCAGCAUGUGUCCGUCUCUGUGCUUCUUAGUUGCCUUGUUCAGAAACCUGCCAUCUUACGUACGUAUUUGUUGUAGAUGAGUCCGGCACCCAUUUAAAUUAAUCUUUUUUUUAAUGUUAUGAAAAUAAUCAGUUCAUUUCAUCUUAGUUUAAGUCUUUUCUUUUUUCCUUUUUUACUGCUGUCAUUUCUUGUGCUUGUUUUUUUCCCCAGUGAGGGUUGUCGAAGAGAAAAUACAAUGAAGAAUGUUGGAAGUCGCAAAUAUGCAUUUAAUUCCCUGCAGCUGAAGGCUUUCCCCAAGCAUUACAGGCCUCCCGAAGGGACUUACGGAAAAGUUGAAACGUGAACACACGGUUUCCUCUAAUUAGCUGUUACAUAAUAAAUGUGGGUACCCUCUAGUGUCAUAUAUGAAUUCUUCAAGAAGACCCGAAGGAUUGGUUUUUAUUUUUUGUUUUUCUUUUUAAAAAAAAAAAACAUUUCACUAAAGAGUUUCUGGAGCAUGUUUUUUGUUUUUUGGGUUUUUUUCCCAUUGGAAUCAAUAGGAGGUAAUGUUUGGCUCAAUAGCGUGGACAGUAACAACUGCCCAUUUAAAUAGCCUUUGGCUAUAACUACACAGAUCUCAUCAAUAGUUACCUACAUGAAUCAAGCUAGGUUUGUCUGAAAUGCUAGAAGACUUUUUCAGAUGCCUACUUGCUCACUUAUUUUUCUACAGAGUAACUCAAAAGUGACCAUUGAAUUACAAUCCACUUUGUAAAGAUCUGAAUGUAAAACAGUAAAUAAUAAAUUAAAUAAUUGGAUCCUAGGCAGACCAAUACAUGUUAUUUGGGGAAAGAAGCUAGCACUAUCUCAUGUAGUGAGAAUAACGGGUUCUAGUGAAUUAUCCUAUCUACACCACCACCUGAAGAAGUUGAAAGAAAGAUUGAUAAAUCAACGGGAGAUAAGACUUGAUUAGAAGGUAACACCUGCAAGGUACCCCACACAGUUGGGGCCAGUUUUUUUUUCUGUCCCUCAUGAGUUACAGAACAGGGAGUCUGCUGGAGACACAAAGCCAGCAGUAAGGUCCCUUUAGCCUGUCUCCUGUUCUCUGCAGCUCCCUGCCUAGGCUCCCCCAUGCCCAGAGGACACACCUCCCCUUCUUCUCUAGAUGUUAAUCUAAGGCUUCAGCUGUGGCAUGUCAACCCUCCCAUGGGGAAUUUAUGACCAUAGAGAUAGUAGAAACCUAAAUAUUUUCGGAAAACAAUUUUUUUGCAGGAUUUCCAAUGUAUCUUCGAAAAGACAGUACAAUCAUGUUUGAAUGUCUGAUAAAAGUGUCUUAUUUUUAGGUUCGCAAUAAUUGUUACUUUCUUAUUCUCAUUCUUAUGUAAGAUGACUAUUGAGAAACAGUUGACAUUAUUCUCCUCAAAUGAGAUUUUAAAAGGGAUUUAUGGGCCAUAAAACUUAGGAAUUUCAUAGAAAAUUGUGUAUCUGGUCAUCUUUUAUAAGAUGAUGAUGAGUCUUAUCUGCACAUAGCAGAGUUUUUUUCUUAGGAGUUUAUUUGUUUUAUUGAUUCUGUUUAUGAUGUUUACAUGUUCUUGAAAAGGUUGUAAAAGAAAUAUAUAUGGCACAUAUUAAUGAUGCUGAUCCUAAUGAUUUGUGAACCUCUUAGAAAUUCUUUUGUCUAAAAACCUAGAGAUUCUUCUGGUUCCUUUGGAAACAUGUAACAAACUUGGGCCAGGGGUGCUGAGGCAUGGGGAGGACUGCUUAUUGGCAGGAACACAGAGGGGGAGGGUAUCAGGUAGGGGUGGAACUGGAUGACCUUCCAGACCCGCUCCUACUCAGAAGUCAGCACGCAAGCAGAGCCUGCUGUCUCCCGAUGCUUGCAGGGAGGAAAAUGUCUGUGGAGACACUUUAAUAAAGGAUGAAGCUCUCUGCUGCUCCCUCAAAGCGGGGUUCACUGUGGCAGGCAGGAGGCUGAGAAACUCCUGCCCGCCAAACCCACUGCACAGGUGGCUGCUGCUGGUGUCAGAGUCUCCUUUUUAAGUAUCAAUUUCUGUUCACAGACAGUUCGUUUCAAUAUGGCUGAUUUACCCUUUCACCUCCCCACCAUCUCAUUUAAUUGGUAAAUUUUUAGUUCCAUCUUUUCUCAUUUUAACUUUAAAAAAAUCUCCUUGCUUUUAAAAAAUAAAUAUUACUCACAUAGUUUUCAGAUCUUUUUUGUCUGAAGAGCAUUAAAUAUCUGCACUUAUCAAAGGGAAUAUAGCAAAUGAUCAUCUGUCAGCAGUUUUGCAUGUGGCACCUUUAUAUGAAUUAUUUUCCCAAUUUUCGCUUUAUGUAAUGGGUCACCAUAGAACUGUAAGACUUGGCAAAUGCUGUAGAAAAGGUUUGGGUUUCAGGAUUCUCUCUGAAGGCAUCGUUCUUGGGCUUCCGGCGCCUGCAAGGGUGUGUGUUGCACAGCCUUGGAGGCAAGCAGCUCCUCUCUUCUGUAGGAGUUCUGAGUUUUCAGAGGUGCAGGGAAGGCAGUUUUAUAGGUUACCAUAAAAUAGAGGUUCCGUCCAGUGUUUCUUACAAUGCCUCCCCAUUUAAAAAGAAAAGAGAUCUAUGGAAAACUGGGACUGUCAUGUGGAUUCUGUCAGAGCUCCUACAGAGCAAAGUUGCCUUUAGUUUCCUUUAAAGAUGUAAAAAUAUUGUAUAAUACAGUUUUGUCCCUACGCCAUUGUAUUUGCCAAGCUUAGUGCAUUAUGAUACCUUUAUUUAUUUGUUUUGGGCAGUAUUAAUAUAUAUAUAUAUAAACAUACAGUUACUGUUUUAUAUAUUUCUUGGGUCAUUCAAAGCCAUGUAUGCUGUAAAUGUGCUAGUCUUUAGAAUGACACAUAAUAAAUAACUGACAAGAUAUUAAAUGUGGUCUUGCCUGAUUGAUCCUAUUAGGAGGACUAGUUCUAUGUGACCAGCCUGUGACGGGACCAUUGUUGUUGGGCAUUGCGUUGAGAGCUCGGGUGCUGAGUACAUAUAUUUGUAAACAUGGGACCGUGGGAGACUUCUAUUUUAUAAGCUUGUUUCUGCCUAAUUGGAAGCAGAGGGGCAACAGGGUCGAGGACUUUGGGAGCAGACAGACCAGGUCCCAAUCCAGGUUCUGCCCCUCACUGGCUAGUGACUCUGAGCAAGUUGCUUGACCUCUCCAAGCCUCCGUUUCCUCAUGUGCAAAGUGUGGACAACAACGGUACCUUCCUCAUAAGGAACGUGCAGCGUGCCUCGGAAGCAGGUGUUCGUAAAUGGCAGCCAUUGUUGUUACCUUUCCGUCCAUGAACAUGGAUCACAUCACCUCCGUGGGUAACCCAGUCCUUGUUGUAUGACUUGUCAAAAUGCAGUUCCACUUGUAUUCAUACUGACCCUGUUCAUCGUCACCAGGACUGCAGCUUGCACCACCGUGCCAUCUUCCAGGCACACACAACCCGUUAUCUCCCUUGGAAAAAUUCCUCUCACUGGAAAUGUACAAUUAAAGAAUGAUUGAAAUGUUUAACUCUUGGAGUUUUUAGUAUUACCAGACUCCUAGAAAUUUAAGCUACCACCAAAAAUAACAUGUGCCUUUUGCCUUUAUUCUCAUUGAUGGUAGCAGUGCACCUCGUUUCAAUGUCCAUUUCGUUGAUUACUGUGAACACUGAACAUCUUUUAUACCUUUAUAUUUCUAUUUUUGUGACUUCAUUGGAGUGUUGGCCUAUUUCAUAUAGAUUGUUUGUAAUAUACAAUGUAUUAACCCCAGUCA